UUCGGCACUCGGCAACAAACUAGACGCGCGGGGCUCUCGCCAAAACACGCGAACCGACCACCCAAAAACCAAAUAAAAAAAUAAAUUAAAAAAAACCGGAUCCCACCCCGUAAGGGAACCCAAAACAAAAUAAUCAUAAUAAUCCAAAAAUUAUUAUCAAAAGCAAACAUCAGUUUUUUUGUUAGGCCAAAACUUCCAGAAGUGAUUGGGCGGCAGUGGAGUGGUUAAACAAGGAGUGCCAUCGGGAUCUCUUAGCCAGUGUUUUGUUCCGCUAUCACACUUCCGGCGAGCGCAAUUUUCCGGAUUUUCCCAAUUCUUAGUGUCAUAUCUACAUCCGGGUGUGUGCGUGCGUGCGUGUGUGUGCGGUGGUGACGUACAGCAAUCGCGCGCCAAGUGUUUGGUUGCUUCCGUGAGGUGUUCUGGUCAUUAACCAUCGGAUUUUGUUCGUGUUUCUUGCACCGGUGUGAAGUUCCGGGUUUUUCUGGCAUUUUUGUUUUCGAGUUUCGUGACAGUCGUGAGAGCACCCGUGGCGUGUUGAAAAAACCUAUUCUUCAAGGAAAAUUGUUCAACAAUUUCGGGAGCUAACAGCAGCAAUCUAGUGGAUCGUCUGCCAAGUCUAAAAGGUGUAGGAAAGUUUAAUCGCGAAACACGACACUAAAUCGGUACCAAACCAAAAAUACCUCCCAAAAUCGAGGGUAAAGGAGAAGGUCCCAUACACACGGCGACUAACCCAUAGCAGAGACGGGAAACUAAGAGGGUGCCCAAGGCAGCAAAGCGUGUGUGUGUGUUUUUUUUUCGGUCGUACUCGGAGAGCAGCUCUCGGCGUUGUUAUCUGUAGUUUUGUACUAUUAGUACUGCUACUACCACUACCGGCUACCAUUAUCUAUUAGUACCAUCUAUUGUUGUUAUUAAUGUUUUAAGUUGCUUAAAACGUGGCCGCAGCAGAGAGCGAAAGAGAGCGAGAGAGAGAGAGAGAGCGUGUCGAAAUCAAACGCGUGUGUAAUAAUUUCUAAUGUGCUAUAUUAGCAGCCGAUAAACGCAUGGAAGUCCGAGUGCGAGAGAUAUAAAAAGAGAGAGAGAGAGAGUAAUUUGAUAAGCGUUUUACUACCACCGUAUCGACCUGGAUGCGAUCAAACGCGACCCAACGGAUUCGUUUUUCGACUCAUCAAAAUUAUCCAUUUCGGCCCGGUGUGCGUCGUACCUCUAUUUUCCGGUCUCGGAUCCGUAGCUGCUGAGUCGUUACGCGGUUUCUUUGUGUUAGUGUCCGUGUGUGUUUGUGCAUUGUUGCUGAGCUAUAGUGAGGGCUAUCUCGCAAGCAAUAUCUUCGAUUAGGAAGUGACACAGUGUGCGUAGGUAAUAGUACUCCACGUGGUAUAUCUUCGAAGACACCUCAUGCACCCGUCAUCAUCGUCCAUCGAAUUGUCGUGUCCUGUGUGAGUGAGUGCGUCCGCGCGUGUUUGUAUGUAUUUGUGUUUGUACGUGUGCCUGUGUGUGCGUGCCUGGCGGACCAGUUUUUAAGGGGCUGCAAACGAAACGAAAACAGGAAAAAAAGCCAUCUACAGCAUCCACCAGAGGGGCUAGAACAUACUCUAGGAGGUUACCGAGCAACCACUACACGGCGGUAAUUCAGUAAGCGAAAAGGAUACGCAACAAGAUGGCGUCAAAUUUGGAGCAGUUUUCGGAGCUGGAGCUGUCGAAGGAGGAUCGUGAGCAGAUCUUCGACCCACCGUUGGAUGCGCCCAAAACACAGAAUGGUGCCAGUACAACGGCCAAAAUCGUCAUUAGUGGUAUACCGCAACACGCCAAGUUUGACGACAUAGAACCAUUGCUGAAGCCGUACGGCAAGGUGGAACACUGUGAGGCGGGUACUAGCAAAGACCCCAACACGCAGACCGUCCAUAUCACCUUCGAGAACCACGAUCAAGCACAGAGGGCGGUGGCUGGCCUGAACGGUGUGGAUUUCGACGGUUCGAAGCUGCAGGUGGAGCUCUCGGAGGCGAACAAACAGGCCCGCAGGGCACAGCGCAACCGAUCGCAGUACGGGGCAGGCAUGCCGGGCGGUGGUGGUCCCGGUCGCCAGACCGACUUCCCGCUGCGCGUGCUGGUGCAGAGCGAGAUGGUCGGUGCGAUCAUUGGCCGACAGGGCAGCACGAUCCGGCACAUUACCCAGCAGAGCCGGGCGCGUGUCGACGUGCACCGGAAAGAUAACGUCGGUUCGGUCGAGAAGGCGAUCACAAUCUACGGCAACCCGGAGAACUGUACGAUGGCGUGCAAGAAGAUCCUCGAGGUGAUGCAGCAGGAAGCGAACAGUACGAACAAGGGCGAGAUAUGCCUCAAGAUUCUGGCACACAACAACCUGAUCGGGCGCAUCAUCGGCAAGAGCGGGAACACGAUCAAGCGGAUAAUGCAGGACACGGACACGAAGAUCACGGUCAGCUCGAUCAACGACAUCAGCAGCUUCAAUCUGGAGCGCAUCAUUACCGUGAAGGGUUCGAUCGAAAACAUGUCCAAGGGCGAAAGCCAGAUCAGUGCCAAGCUGCGCCAGAGCUACGAGAACGAUCUGCAAGCGCUGGCACCCCAGAGCAUCAUGUUCCCGGGCCUGCACCCGAUGGCGAUGAUGUCGACCGCUGGCAACGGCAUGGGCUUCACCGGGCGUACCGGCGGGGCAACGGCAAGCGGUGGCAGCGGUGCCGGCAUGUAUCCGGGCUCCAACUUCCCAAUGUAUCAGCCACCGGCCGGUGGACCGGCGGGCGUACCACCUGGCUCGAGCGAGGUGCAAGAGACUACCUACCUCUACAUCCCGAACAAUGCGGUCGGUGCGAUUAUCGGCACCAAGGGAUUACACAUCCGGAACAUUAUCCGGUUUUCCGGUGCUUCCGUGAAGAUUGCCCCGCUCGAGGCAGACAAACCGCAGGAACAGCAAACGGAGCGUAAAGUUACCAUUAUCGGCACACCGGAGGCCCAGUGGAAGGCGCAAUACCUGAUCUUCGAGAAGAUGCGCGAGGAGGGUUUCGUGUCCGGUACGGACGAUGUUAGACUAACGGUGGAAAUUUUCGUGCCCAGUGCACAGGUUGGCCGAAUCAUUGGCAAGGGUGGACAGAACGUGCGGGAGCUGCAGCGUGUCACUGGCAGCAUAAUUAAGCUACCGGAACAUACCGCUAGUGCACCUGUGGACGAGGAAACGACAGUACACAUCAUCGGUCCGUUCUUCAGUGUACAAUCGGCACAGCGGCGUAUUCGUACGAUGAUGCUUGCCACGAAUCCGCCCCCGGUCACCAAGCGACAGUCGUCACAGAAAGCGAAGGAUCAGACGACGGGCGGUGGGCCAACCACGCCUGCUGCCGGUGUAACUGCAGCCACCGCCACUACUACUGCCACCGUCGCCGCCACUACCACUCCUCCCCAGCAACAGUCGUCCAGUACCAGUGCGUAAUCAAAAUGUUGUCCUGCGCCGGAAGACAACGAUCGGGAGUGAAUAGCCAACCGGUGGCAACAAUAGCAAUAGUAGCAACGGCAGAUCAACAACCACAGCAACCAUUACCGUUUACAGUCGAGCCAGCAGGAUGCGUAGAACGGGAAAAGAAGAUGCAACAGCAGCGAGAGAUGUGUUGCUCAAGAGAUACAGCAGAGCGCGCUAAAGAAAGAGAGAGAGAGAGCGAGGCAUCGUAAACGAGAUCGCGGAAUACUAACAGGAAAACAGGAACACAAAUCCUAACGCCAAAUACAUCACCAAUAGUAGCAAACACUGCAAUAGCCCAAGCAAAAAAUGCAACAAACAGACCGCGCAUACAUAGAGAGAUAGAGAGAGAGAGAGAGAGAACCGAUCAGAGUGGAGUGGUGCGGAGUUGUUCUAAACGACACCCUGAUCGAUCGUUCAUUCGUGUUUGUUUCUUUUUUUUGCCCCCCCUUUUUUCCAUAUAUUAGCUUAUAAAUGUUGUUAUAUUUACUCUAUUUACUAUUUUGUCUGUUCCUUGUUCACUUACAACACGCACCCAAUAUGCAAUAGUUAAUGCGAGGUCACACCACCGGAAAGAUGGCCCCAAGGGUCGAUCGCCACGUCACGAGCCUCAAUAAACACGAACGAGCGAGGGAUGCGUAACGAAGCGGCUGAGGGUUUAUUAAGCCCCACUUGCGCGACGUUACGCUUCUCCCAAUCAAUCGAUCAACUACACCGAAAACCAUAAUCAAAAUAGCCAACCAAUCUAAGUCUUAGAUUCCGCCCAUUAGCAGAGCAACCGCGUCGCGUCAAAUGUCGUCUAAACCCCCCUGUUAAAGCCAUUUCCCCACAGGACGCAAACAGCAGCAACAACAACAAUCUGUCUGUCUGUGGAGCGAUAGCCAAACCUCAAAACCAUCCUGCCUCACAAAAUACCAUUUAUAUACACUAUCGAUAUACAGUGAGCCCGGACGUGAGUAAGGUUCCCGAUACUCACCGUUAGUACUAACAUCCGCAGCAAGGAAGAAAGUUCAACAGGAAGAAAGAGAGGGAGAAGAGAGAGAGAGUGCGAGAAAAAUACUUUAAAUUCUAAUAUAAUAAUUCAUAUAAAAAAUAGUUUGUAGCCCACGAAACCCCCUUUUGGGAGAGCCGGAAGGUGAGGGGAGAGUUAAUCGUGGAAAGGAUGCUGAUGGAACCUAACAAUUCGACUCUUGGACGAAAACGGUAUGACAGGAUUGUGAAGAACCAUCCAUACAUACAUGUUCAUUCGAACGAGAGAUCGAACUAUAUAAUUAUAAACUUCAUGAUAAGAAAUCCGGUUUAAUCGAACCACACACACACACACACACAAAACAAACACACUUAUACCACAUAGAGUGCAAGGUAGGCAGCGUGUUGCAAAAAGGGUGUCCGGAUCGUGCAAAAACUCUACUACUAACUAUCAUGCAGCAAAAAUUGGGCGUCCGUGCAUCAUGCGAGCGAACAUUCCCACUUGAGCAACAGAACGCGUAACGCCAUUUGAACACGAACAUGUUCCAGCCCCGCUCUAAAUUAUGAGCGCCAAUCAACGGAGAGAAAAACGACAACAAUGCUCCAAUAGACACACAUACACACACACACCACACAAAGGUUAGGGUACUAUUGGUUUAAUAAGCUUGUUGCGUUUUUUUUUGCUAAUUUAUUCAGUUGAUGAUACGGAACGAAGAAUUGACGGAAGUUGAAGUUGAAGGAUAAGGGCGAUGGUAGAGGAGGGGACACGUGGUCGGAUUAGUGGGGAAAAAAAAGCAGUUGUGUUGUAAGUGGAUGGCGAAGAUAUGUUUUCGUGUUUUGUCUUAAACGAUCGCGCAAUGAGAGAUUUAAAACUUUAGUGUGUAGCCUUUUUUUUUUGUUCGUGUUAGAGUGAUCGUUUUUAAGCCGGAUGUUUGUGUGUGUGCGUAAGUGGGGAGGAAGUACUGGAAUGUAUGGAUAGAGUAUGAACGGGUAACGGAUGCAAGGAAUGAAUGCUUGGUCAAGUCUAUUGGUGUAGUUGUAGGCACAGAGGAAGAGAGAGAGAGAGCGAGAGAGCGAGAGGAAGAGAAACGUCUACAAAUAACUCUAAAGGAUUGCAGUAGUAGCGUUUAAUAUGGUACAAAGGCGAAGGAAGAGUAUUACACGGCCAGAUGUUGUGGCGCACCUAGGAUUACGCUUCGUUUUGUUCAACACGUGGUCAACACGUGUGAAAGAGCCUGCCCAUCAGACAACCAGAAACCAGCGCGGGUUUGUUGUUUUAUAGAGUUCCUGCUGUGUGUGGCGGACGUGUGUUUUUUGUGUGUGUUAAAGCAGCCCGCGAACAGCCGUGCCACUGCCGCCUGCCCGUGGAUGUAACAUAAGAGAAGGAGCGAGAUAUAAGUGAGCUGAUUUUAUGUCUCACCGAUCGCCUACCGAGAUCACCUACCGAGAUCAUCUAAUCGAAUCGGUUUCCUCAGCUGCUGGUGCUGUGGACCAUGAUGAGUGGUCCUGUCGCACUGCAGCGGAAAACACCCCCUACAAGUGGACCUGUUGCCGCAGCUGCAUCGAUCGCGACUAUGCUAAGAGCUGCCCCCCUUUUUGUUCGAACAGGUGGCAGUUGACCAAAGACUAUGAUGUAUCGGAUAAAACCGAUGAAUACUGAUGAUCGUGUUUUGUUUUGCUGAAUACCAAUGAGACAGAUUCCGGCACAGGUCCGCUAGCAAAUACCUAUAGUGGCAACAGCAGCAGCAGCAGUGGCUAGAGUCGACUACUCUCCUGCUGGAAGCUGCGUUUUUGAGGGAAGAGAGAUCGCUAACCGUAGCGAUCUUCUUCCACAUCAUUUGUUACUAACAUCAGCAGCAGUGCCAGUCGAUCCAUUGGUUCCCAUCACGUACGUUUUGUGGUAGGUGGUACACGGUGGCGCAAUUCAGCAGUUGCCAUCGGAAGAAAAACGUCGGUGACGCUAAUGUGCGCAACCCGGCGCGAACUAGGAAACUGUAUAGCGUAUAGAGGUAACGGACGACGGUUGUUGUGACCCAUUUUAGAGGAUGCUGCGACCCACCAAAAAAAAAAACCCGGGUGGCGCUGCGCUCUGUGUGAGUGUGUAUUUGCUGCUGCCAACGUCCCAACGUGGCAGCAGACUGCUGAAUGUAACGUGCAUGCCUUAUUAAAACUAUUUAUUACGAAACGAAGAGAGGGAACGAAGAGUGUUAGGGCGAGGGAAGGAAGAAACAAAGGUAUAGACGGGGAAACGGUGGUUAAAAAGUGCGCGCGCGACGAUGAAACACGGCGGCCGGUAUGUAAAGGCCCCCCCACAUCCGUUUAACCUCAGGGAGCAACCGGCUUUUUUUUGGUUUUCGAAGGCUCAUCGCAAAGACCUAUUGCGCAGUCUGUCAUAUCCGGAACCGCUUCAGGUAUCUGAAGAAGCGUACAAGUAGUACAGACGUGUGUUGCGUCUUGGAGGAAGAACCAGAGAAACACAAUACCUCACGAAACAAGUGCAUUACACACACACACAUUAAUGCUUCUCCCUGAUGUACCAAUGUCGAUCGAUUCUUGAACGCCACAGGGCAGCAGAGAUGGAUGGGUUAAGAAAACGAUGGGCAAGGAAUGCAACGAAUUUCUGUGUGACCACUUACCUCAGAGAGUGAGGGCGUGCCCGCGCCUAUCUGCCACCCGUCAUCCCGACCGAUCUGUUUAUCCAGAUAUAAGUGUAGGAGAUCAUUUGUGGGACGCCAUUUUGUUUUUGUAAGACAUUUGUACGACGAACCUUGAUUAAAUAUGUGCUAAAGCUCUGCUCACGCUCACGUUGCAGGGGUCUGUUUUUGUAGCGUGCACCGUGCCGCGGGUGCCGCCAUCUUGUUUGCUUAACUUAUUGUUGAUGAAGCGUGUGGGUGCGUACGCUGGUGUGAUGCGUACCGGCAUAUAUAGACGUAAACUGUUGUUGAAGCUGUUGUCCCCUGCAUCCCUUUUGUAUAGCCUUAUUCAUUGCCUGUUGACUCCUCCGUUUUGUUUUGUGUAACUCUAGUAACUGUUUAUUUCUUACUCUAGCGCGGCCAGUCUCUCUUUGUCUCUCUGUUGACACGCUACUCCCGUGACUUUGUUUACUAGACAGGCAGACCAGACGGUGUAAACCAUCUGUGCGUAACCAUACAACAGCAAUGUUUACUCUGAGUAGGCUACCUCAAUUUGAACGGUGAGAGAGCCAUAGAGAAAGAGAGAGAGAGAGAUGGAGUCGCGUUUAAAGAAUAGGAGACGUAUAAUCAAAAUAGUUUUGUUUCCCAUUUGUAGCGUCUGAUGUUUUGUUUUUUUUUAUUAUGUCAUACAUAGUCUUUUCCUAAUUAUAUUUACACAUCCCACAACACAGACAAAUGAGCCAACAAGCACUGUUAGAUUGCAAAUGGAUUCUUCCACAAUAUUGUCUACCGUUUACAGAGCAUUAGUACACACUACUACUACUACUACUACUACUACUAAAACUUCUACCAGCACCAACACACCUCUAAGGAACGUGUGUACGUGUUUAAAUAACAAUCAACCGUAGAUAUUUAUGUCGUUUUAUGUCAACGCAAUAAGUUCGACCGGUCGCACACAUACAAACCGAACUGGCAAACGAAUAGAUUACUAAGAGCUAAAUACUAAGAGCUGCUCACUUGCCGAACAGCUUCCUCCUACUGGCGCAUUUGUUGAAUCGUUUUCUUUUUAGAUCGAUGUUUUCUUGAUUCGAUUCCUAGGACGACGGAAUUGUAUCGUAAUUGGGAAAAACAAAUGUUUCUUUCAAAUAUCUUAAGUUUUUAGAUAAAAUGAAAUCGGUUAAGGAGGCGCACGGCGCUUUGAUGCGAGAAAGGAAGGACAAAAAACGAUGACGGUGGGCUUCAUUCAUGGAUGGAUGGGAACAACCUCAAACCUCACCACCUUUUUUGGCAAACACUUUGGCACACAAAUCUUGCAAAAACAAAACGGCGAAAAUUUACGAUUCUUUUCUUUCGGACAAAAUGGAUAUAUGUAUCAGCACACGCAUAAACUACUUCUCUUGUGCGCAGGAAUUCUAAAAGCAAACCGAUAAACACUCACGAAACAACCAUACGAAAGAAGCUCACAAGAAGCAGAAUUUGGAGAAAAGCGAUUAGCAAGAGGCAAAGAAAAUGUCCCCUUAUUAGUAAGUAACGUUUGUUAGGUAUCACGGUGACAGCAUUUGGCGGAUGAAGGCAAACAAAACUACUAAUAAUAAUGUGCUGUAGCGGAAAAUAGAUAAGAAAAGGCGCAGUGCACAUACACUGGUUUGGCUGCAAAACAAUUUCCCCCCCCCCCGGAUGCGACGGAAAUAUAACAAUUUAAAAAUUACAAUUCACACGAGCCGGUGUGCAAGUAAAACACAACACGGGAAAUAAGUAUGGAAACAAAAGAAAAAAGCAGAACAGGAAAAUUUCCUGAACACGAGAGGACAAAACACUUUGUUUAGCUCACAGUAAGCAAAGCUGUGCAGGAAAAUUCGCUCGCUAAGAGUUGCUGCAAAACGUUGAUUGAAAAAUGGUGAAAUGAAUUAAAAAGCCUCCACAUUGUUGAACUGAGAAACACGUUUGAGGAGGUAAAAAACCAAAAGAGUGAAACACAAACUAGAGAAAACAAACUGAAACGUGUGACGUUUGUGGUCGUUUGUUUUUCUGAUUUUAUAAUUGUAAAACUCGUGCGAGGAAAAAAAAAGCCGUUGCACAAACACUUAAAGGAAAAGAAGUGGAAGCGAAUAAGAUGGAAAGUGAGAGAGCGAGAGAGAUAAUGAAAACAAAAGCGGUUUAUAUUGUGGUGUGGUGCAUGUGAAAAGUGCUUUUCGGACGGAAGUAUCAAAGUAAGCGGUGACUGCAUCGUACAGUGGAGACGCCAGGUUAGCCAUCGAUUGUACAUGGGACGGUACACACAUAGUAAGGGUUAUGGGAACCGUCGAGAAGAAGCAGGGUGAAGAGAUGAAACAAACAAAAAAAAAAAACACAACUAAACACAAGAGAGACAAAGUGACUAAAAUCAAUUGUUAGAUUUUUUUAUUAUAUAUAUUAUAUUGAAAAUAUAUUAUAUAUACACGUGUAUUUGUGCGGAGGAGGAAGAAAAUCAAGAAAGCAAACAAAAACAAACAAAAAAAGGGAAGCCAGCCGGUGGGCGAAGAACAAAAUGGGAAGAGACACGGAUCUUAUGGAGUUGUGAGAAAAGAAAAGAGGGUGGAAAAGGCCAUCAGAAUUUAGCGUGUGUGAGGACAAAAAGGGCAGAGAAACCAAACGGAGGAACAUGUGUUAAAAAAAAACAUAUUGAAAAAGAAGAGGAAAAACAGUGAGUUUGAGUGCGUGUGUGUGAAAGAGUGUGCUAGAGAGAGAGAGAGCGGAGUAUAUACGACGGGGGAAAGGGGAAAAGUGCGAGAUGCGAACAAGAAGAAACGAGAAAAAAAGGUACAAUGUGUGUUGUUUUCGCCCCCAUCGUCAUCGGAUGGUGAAAGUUCCCGUUGUGUGAAAAACAGUGGACAAAAGUGAGGGAAUGUGUUUGGCAAAGAGCUGAUGAUGAUAUUUAGCUAACAUCUUUACUAUUUAUUGAAAAUACUAGAGGCUAUAAUAUCGUUGAAUAUUUCGUAAAAGCAGAAGAUGGGAAGGACAAGAGAGCGAGAAAGAGAGAGGAAGAGAGAAGGAGAAUCCAAACAAACGAAAGCACACACACACACACUUAAGAUGCGUGAAGCUUUUGAAAGUGCGCAAGUAACAAAAUGGCCGCCUUGUGUGUGUGUUUGUGCGUGCGCGCGUGGAAAGCGAGAGAGUUGGAGGACAAGUGCGUUGAGUUUGUGUUGGUGCAACUACCUCUACCUCUGCCUCGUUUGUUUUGUUUACAUUCGAACUGUCAACCAGAUGACAACAGUGUGCAGUUCAGUUCGCCUGUUCCUUGGAUAGAGAAAAUUUGCGCAAAACAACAACAGUAUGCGGCACGUUGGUGAUGUAAAAAUUAUUUUAAUUGAUUAACACUUAAUCGUACACACACACGCGCACACACUGAGAGUGCCACUGCCAGAAGCAGAUCUAGAUGGCAGGACCAACCUUGUGAGGAAGGACCUGCCGUUGCUGCUGCUUGCCCCCCCCCCCCCCAAAGAACGACUAGCGCUUCAUGCGGGUUGUGGGGCGUUAUAUUAAUGCUCCCCCAACCGUGCGUGUGUGCGCGUGCGUGCGUGUGUGUGUGUGAGUCGCCAACAAUCUUCGGAAUCUUCGGCUUAGUUAAGCAGAGCGUACGUGUGUAAGAUUAAGGGGGUUUAGCUUAGAUUGAGGAAGUAAGGGAGAGAACUAAAAACGAGAGAGAGAGAGAGAGAGAGAGAGAGAGAGAGAGAGAGGGAGAGAAAGUUAUUGGAAGCUUUUGGCGCGUAAUCUGGCGGUGAGGUUGUUUUAGUAUUUCCAAGUGUUGUGAUAUGACGAGGCAUUUAGAUAGCUUUCGGAAAAAGAGUGUUUUGUUUUUGUUUAGAUUUGCGUUUAAAUUUAAUGUUGACACAGGUUCUGUGUGUGUGUGUUUUUUCUCUCUCCCACGUGUUUUUUUAGGAAAAAGGUCUUCCCAAGCGGAGGAUGGUUAAGGCAAAAAAAAUGAAACCAACAUUCUGGCAUCUGUAAGAUAGUUUUGUUACUCGGGCGAUCCCUUUAUGUUUGGAUCGAUGCAGUGAAGAAUGCAGAGCUCUCCCGAAAACUGUUGGAGUCGAUUCAAAAAAAUGAAAAAUAAGUUUUUUGAAACACUCUUCAAACUAAAUAAGUUGUACAAUAUCCACAAUUAACCUCACCUGAAGCCUAUUGAUUUUUUUUACUGUUCGAAGCACACAGCAUGGUGUGCCGAUACUGUCCUUAUACAGGAAAAUACAACACAGGUCACAUUUUAGAUUUUAAUGCUUUAGGGCAAAAAUAUCUGACGACGAAAAUGGAAUACAAACACACUCACACAUACAAUACGAUCGUCCACAUUGGCAGCAGAAUUUAGAAUGCCACGCAGAAUUGAGAAGCAAGGGAAAAUCCUUGGAUUUUCUCAUCAAAUGGAACAACACACACACACACACAUUAGUUGCAAAGUAGGGAAAUAGCACAACGAAAAUGCUCACCACGCAAAACACACACACACACUGAUACAUUGGCAAAUGUUAUUAGUUUUCGACUUAACUUUUCCCACUUCAAGAAAAACGAAUCGAACCUCGAAACUUACGACCAGCUUCAAGCAGCAAAAAAAAAAGCAAACCAUCCACAAUCCGCAGUCUGGUAUGUGGAAGAAAGGGCGAGGAAUAGUACAUCCCACUGAACCGAUUGAACCGAAUGGUUCUAUAAUUUCCCGCUCAGAUGGCUCCCGGUGGGUGGCCAAAGGAAGAUCGCACACAACACUCUCUCGUACGCACACUCGUAAUCAGCAGAAGCGAAUUCUGAUCCGGCAGGACUUGAUCUCGAAUACGAAACAGACAGGAAAGAACGCAGAACCGAACGAAGAACAAAAAAAGAAACGGAAACCCGAACCCGGCAACCGAGCAGAACCGAAACCGAACCGUGAAAAAAUAGCGCAGAACAGGCACGCAGAUUCAUUACUGCCAAACACGCAAAAACAAGACCAGCACCCAGAUUGAUGAAGAAAAAGAAGAACAAACUGGAAGGAGAAAAAUAUGAAAACACGACAAAACGAUAUAAAAGCAUAAAAAUGGAUUGCCGAAGCACCAUUACGCUAAACAAUAUAAAACGGAAGCGAAACAUAGGAAACCGCGAAAGAAAGAAGAAGCAAAACAGCACACACAAAAAGUAAACAACUAAAUAUGAUAACCACAACCUGUGGCAAGGUGAUCGGACAAUUGGUGAAGAAAGAAAAAAAGUUGAUGCAAACGCAUAAAAACUCACACACCAAUCUUAAUUGGCAAUUAUUAUAGUAAGCUAUGAGUUUUUAUUAAUCCCAUUCAAAAUCCUUACUGCAAACAGCAAAACGAGGCAAAAGAAAAGAAAGGAAAGGGAAACUACUUUAGCUAAGCAAGCAAGCAAACAAAAAAAUACGAAAAAUUGUGUUAGGUUCGUAAAAAAAGGGCAAAUCCACAAACAUGAAAAUUACAUUGAAACUGAGUGUGUUACAGCUAAUACUAACCAACCAGAGCAAACAAAACUAAAAACAUUUAAAAAAAAACGCGAUCCAAAAGCAAACAAAAAAAUAAUAAUAACAAAGUACACAUUAAAAGAGGAGAAAAAAACAUCCAAUUAUUUAGAAACCUUUCGAACACAUACGUUCUAUUGUAAGCUGCUAACAUACCAUUUAAAUUUAACGAAGACGCACGAAGGAAAGCAAAACACGAAAACAACGGAACAGAUAAAAACAAGUCGAAAGUUAAGGGUUUUUUAAUUUUUUGCCACCCCUAACAGAUGCGUGUGCACCGAGAACGAAUUGGGUAGUUUGGUAAUGCUUUUGUUAUGAUUUAAUAUAAUUGUAAACCCGUUUUCAGCAUACAUUUAAAAUAGCACCUAACACUUCUAGACUAACCAACUUCCCCAUGUCCGGAGGAUUGAAGAAGAAAAAAAAAAGCUAACCCAGCCCCACUUUUCCCCAUCCCUAUCCGCUGUAAUUGGCGUAGUAAAUGUGGAAAAAAUGGCAACAAAAAAAAAUUAUAAAAAGAAAUAUAGAAAUCAAACACAACCUCACACUACUAAGAAGUACGAUGCUGAUGAUCACCUUGUCCCUUGUUGACAUGAAAAACAGGCAAGAGGGGAAAUAGAUUAAAGAAAACACACACACAUGGAAAGUAAUCACGUAUGAAAUGAUUUGUGACAAAACAAAGCAAAAAAAACAAAAUGGAAGAAAAAGCAUGCAAAACACAUUUACCUCAUGUUUUGAAGAAUAGAAGUUAUAGACACUGUAAGACAAUUUGGAAAACAAAACCAUACAAUCUAAAUAUUUAUAUAUAUAUGCUAUACAUAAUAUGCAAAACACACAGCAAACGAUUGUGCAAAUGUAUCAAAGAAAACAAACACAAACACAAAAAAAACAUAUUUAGGCGUGUAAAAGACUCUACCUACUCUCCCAUCCGCAGCAAACAUAAGGAAAAAACCCUCACAAAAGGAAAAUCAAACAAAAAAAAAAGAUGAAAUUUCACCCACACCACUAAAAACUAAAUACAACUUGAUGUUUGUUUUUUUUUACAUUGGCCGCCACACUGGUAGAGAAGCAGCAUAAGAUGUGUAAUGCCAACCCAUUGUAAAAUUGUAAGAUUAUUGUGGAACAAACCGAACUAUUUGUGGAACACGGAGCAACAAAUUUAUGUAACACAAAACGAACCUCCUGAAAAUCCGGGAUUUUGUGUUCCGAGCAAGCUCACCUCAUUCACUGUGUACAUGUGUGCGUGUUUUCCUCAACACUAUGUUGUCUAUUCUGGCCGUCAGUUGUGUUCGGUUGCAUAAAUCUUACAGAGUGGACAAUUGUUUUUUCCACCGCAAACCGGAUAAUAAGGAAAAAAAAAUUCAAACAAGAAAUAGAUGUCGCUUGAAAAUUAAAAAAAAGAAAAGUUUAGAAGGUCACAGCAAGGAAUCAGAAUUUUUGAAUCAGACAUUUUAAGAAAACAUAAUGGAGUAAUUGAGUAAACUAAAAGAAAAAAAGCAUAUAAAAAAUAAUUUCUCAAUUUAAUUUAGUGUAAUGAACAAAAUUCGGAAGGCAAAACAUAAACCAUACGCAAACACACACACACAUAUAAAGCAAAAUGAUGAAUGCUUGCUGUCUGAAAAGAAAAAUUGCAUUACUUUACCUUAAGCAACAUAAAAACAAAACAAAUGAAAUUAUUUUUCGCUCAAUGCUAUCAAUGCUAUCAAUCGCCUCCUAAAGCCCCCUAGCUUUGUAUUUUCUACUGCACAUGUCCUACACGAUACGCCGCCCCCCAAAAAAGGAUUCGUUAGUUUAGCGUUGUAUCGUUUAAAGUGGUUUAAAACUAUUCGAAAGAAGCAAAGAGAGAAGGAGCAGGAAAGAAUUAAAAAAACAUAAAAGAAGAUAAGAAAAUAGGGAACGAAACACACACACAUAAGAAUAAGCGAUAUAUUUCUCCAAAAUCAUUUAAAAUCAUGCAAUAAGAAAGCAGUAAGAAAACACGCAAACAGACAAAAACAACUUUAAAAAUUCAAAAUCAAUGCUGCGAAACAAUUUUUUUAUAUAAAAUUGAUUUGCUAUACGCUUCCACGCUAGAAGCAUUAUUGGAUGCCUUUCCUGUUUCCUUUUUUCUCCCCUUUAUUCCUAUAAUUUCUUUAAAGUGUAACCAUACAAAAAAAAACUUAUAAAAACUUAAACAAAAAAAAAAAGAUACUUGUAAAGCAACGUUUCAUUUCCGAUUUUUUUCUUUCUCUCAAAAGCAAAUUAAAACUAAGAGAAAAACAAAACAAAAACAGAAAACGGAAGAUGCAUUUUGUUUGUUGAUGAAGAAAUAAUUUAGAAACAAAAAACUAAUCUAAACCCUAUGGCUAGAUGAGGGAAGAGCGUGUCCAGCUCCAGACUACACUACGUUCUCUCGCGCAGUUUUAGUUGUUUAAGGAGGGUUUUUUUAAGUUAACAGAAAACGGCAAGGUAGAGUAAACAGGAAAACAAAAUUUGGAGAAGGAAAAACCAUAAUGGCGCCCGUCAUCAAAGCUUUUGUUACAACAGGUACAGCAAAGAAACACCAGGACACUACAACAACCGGACAUGGUGGCGUGCUGUGGGUUUAGUAGGAAAAACGUAAGAAAUAACAUUCAAAAGUAAAGAAAUAGGAAACAAGAUAAGAGAAACAGAUAAAGCUCUAGGUUCUCUAGGUUCGUUAGGUUCUUCUACCAGGUUCAACACCCAUCCUAGCGCUCUUUUUUGCUCUUGGUUUCCCGGCUGUACGUUAAAUCCUAAUUUCCAAUUUUACUAAAAUCGUUUUGCUAAUUAUUGUUUCACAAACACUCAAGAUUUUUUGUUUGUUUGGUCGAGUGUGGCCGAUACACCCAUGCCAUGCCUGCUACUGAGGAGCGAUGUGUCAGUGUCUCAGGUCACUAGACUAGUGUCUUAAUGUUUGUAAUAAUGAGCCGUUUUUUUAACAUAACACACAAUCCAAGCAACCUACGUCUUGUUGUUUGUUUGUAUCUCGAACCGCGCUCGUUGUUAUACUCAUGUGGACGAACCUGAGACACACAAACAAUAACUGGAUCUUUGCAAUAGUUAUAUCAACAAAAAGAAUUAAGUUUAAUUAAAAAAAAUUGCAAAACAAUAAUUAAAAUAUCAAAAGCAUGCAAAAGAGAAAAAAAAUUUUAAACAACACAGCGCCCUCUAUAUUUGUUUCUUGCUUCCUUUGGGAAGCCAUUUUUUGUUUCUCUCUCGCUCUGUUUCAUUGCCGUCGCCGUUCAUCGUCGUCGUCGCCGUCGCCGUCGUCACCGUUCCCUCCGUUUUGGGGAUGAAGGGGAGCGCUAAAAAAAAAAAACAAACAAGGAUAAUGAGUGGAUGAGUUUUAGGAUAUAAUGCAAAUAAUUGACAUGCCUGUGUGAUAAUAGUUUAUAUUCCUGUCAUUAUCUGUAUUUAUAUUCUUUCCCCUUCCCGCCGUUCCCCCCCCCCCCCCACCCCCUCCCGAAUGCAAGCAGGGCUGCUCCUGUGGCGGGGCAGGGAGAGGCGCGCCAGGAGCACGGACGGAGGACGGAAAAGGAGGAAGAGGAAGAGACGAUUGGAAAAGUUGGAAAGCCCUUGAAUGGAUUUUGGCAAGAGAGCGUAUGAAAAAAAAGGGCGGGAAAUAACGGGGGUUUUCUAAAGGUUAGGAGGUGUGUGUGUUUUUUUUUGUUUUUUAAAUUUAUAUUAUUACUGUAAAAAAACAAAGGAAGAAAGGAUACAACGGUGUGGGACGGAAACGGAACAAACGGCCAUCAGAUGGGGGUGGUAAAAACGCACCCCAAAUAAUCCACAUUGCUGGAGAGAACAGAUGGCACCGUUUUUUUAGGGGGAAAAACAAAACCAAUUUAUAUAUAUAUAUGUGUGUGUGUAUAAAUGGGCAUAUAUAUAUAGAUAUAUAUAAAGGAUAAAGAUUUAUAUAUACACCGUUUAGCGUUUAGGAUGGUUGCGAACGGCGGAGCAUUGAGCAGGAAAGCUUACUUCUUCUCGUAUAAUUCUAUAAACUUAUGAUUACUACACUAAAAUAUUAUGAUUAUUAAGCUAAUUAUACUAUGUUUAUGAUUUUUUUUCUUCUGUAUCGUAAUCAUCAUGACUCCUUAUAUUACUAUUACACUUAUAUAUUCAUAGUUUUCCUAUGUUUGUUGUUUUCACCGGACAGCAGCUCAUAUCUACACACACACAAACACGAACAGACCAACGUUGCACGUGGUGGUGUGAUAUGUCCCCCCAAAAAAAAAAAACAAAACAUACAAUUGGAAAAUUAAUCAGAUGAAAAGGAAAACUAUACUAUAAUAAAAAUUUACAUACAAAUUACACUUACCAAUAAAAAAAAUACAAUUUCUAAAAAUGCUAUAUCAUCCACAUUCUCAGAGAUACAUAGGUUGGUGUGAAACAUGAAACAAAAACCAUAAAGAAACAACCACAAAAAAAUAGUGGAAGAAUUUAAAAUUUAUUUUUUUUAAACCAUUUAAAUAACGUAUGGCCUCUUGAUAUGCAAAGGAAAAAAAAGAAAUACAGAAAACAACAGCACAGAAGAAAAGCAAAAAGGUUAGAAAGUAAAUAAAUCAAACAAUAAAUAAAACGAAUGAGUAUAUUGGGUUUUGCAACUGAACAAGAAGAUAAAACAGAAGAAAAACAUACAGAAAGAGAUGCGAAAAUACACGAAACAAAACUAGAUUUCGUUGCUUUAGAGAUAACAAUAAUAAAUGAAAUAAUAAUCAGUGAAUCAGAAAACGAAGCAAAAAAAAACGAAAAUCAAUCUUCCGUUUUUGGGGUAAAAAUAUGAAAAAGAAUGUAAAAUUAUUUCCAAAACCCAUGUAUUUAGCACGCUAGCGAACCUUUGGAAAACUGCUUUUAGUAACUGCCGCCGACACAAUAUACUAGCACAGAAGAGAAACGCAAAAAACAAAUUUUUGACCCCGUAAAAUUGAAAAAAAAAUGCAAAUUUAAAUGAAAUGAAAACUUAAAAGUUCACAUAAGAAAAUAGUAACAGUUAAAAUCGGUACAGAAAGUAAACCGGGAACAUCCAAACAAUAGAAAAAAAAGCGAAGCAAAGGAGAAACGAAAACAACAAUUAAAACCUUUGGACAAAAAGUACAGCAGACAGUAGAGAACAGAGCAAGCAGCUUACGGAAACAGUGGAACGCAAAAAAAAAAAAUGAUGAGAAGUAAAGUAAUGUGGUGUUCUGUGUAUUGUUGAACUAACUAAACCCCUCGUCCCGACCCUUACUGCACAAUAGAAACCCCCCAACCUCCCCCCCCGGUUCGGUGAAAACAAACCAAAACACACUUGUAUAAUCAGCAUUAAAGGCAAAAACAAACAAAAAGUUGGAUCAAACAAAGGUUUUUAGCCGGUGAAGAAAGAGGCCCGAGAAUACAGGCGUGUGGGAAGUGUGGUGUGGUGUAAUGAUGAAAAACAGGAGGAUGGAAGUAACAAGUAGCAAGCUAAGCGGAAGGAGAAAAGGAAGGAAAUAAAAUACAGACACACACACAUUAAAAAGAGAAGAGAAGAAGAGUAGCGUGUGUACCAUACAACAACAAGGAAAAACAAAAGAGCCGCAAGCACGGAAGAGUGGAAAAAGAAGGAAAAGAAACUACCUCACUACCUCUAUUUAAACGUAAAAAGUAAAUGAAAAACGGUAAGCGAAAGAAGAACGUAAGAAAAAAAAGGAAGUAAAAUUUACUACAACAAAAAAAGCGUAAAAUGAAACAAAA